UCGGAUUCCCUGAGCUGCUGCGGAAGGGGGGAGUUCGAACCAGAUCCAUCUAUAAUGUUUGCUUCAAAAUCCAGCUCCGUAUCCCCUUCUCCCUCCAUGGAGCAGGCAGAUUCAGAUGCUCUGGACAUCAGCACCAAAGUGCAGCUUUACGGUGUGCUCUGGAAGAGACCUUUUGGGAGGCAGUCAGCCAAAUGGUCCAGGAGGUUCUUCAUCAUUAAAGAAAGUUUCCUGCUCUACUAUGCUGAGAGUGAGAAGAAGAGCUUUGAAAGCAAUAAAUACUUCAACAUCCACCCUAAGGGUGUCAUACCCCUAGGAGGUUGCAUCGUAGAGCCCAAAGAAGAGCCCAACAUGCCUUAUGCCAUCAAGAUCUCUCAUGAAGACUUCCAUGGUAACAUUGUUCUAGCAGCCGAAUCAGAGUUUGAGCAGGCUCAGUGGCUGGAGAUGCUACAGGAGUCUGGAAAAGUGACCUGGAAGAAUGCCCAGCUGGGAGAAGCCAUGAUUGAGAGCCUGGAAGCCCAAGGACUGCAGCUGGCCAAGGAGAAACAGGAAUAUUUAGAUAAGCUCAUGGAAGAAACAGAAGAGCUGUGUCUGCAGAGGGAGCAAAAAGAGGAACUUGAGCGUCUGAACCAGAUCCUGGAGGCAGAGAAGCACAGGUUUGAAGAGGUGGUACGGGAGCUGCGGCUGGAGCAGGAACAGAUCAGGAGGGAGCUGGAGCUCACAGCCCACUCCCUUAAAGGAGUGGAGGAAGAAAAAAAAGAGUUGCGAAGCCUGACACAGUCCUUACAGAACAACCUAGAGGAACUCUCCUUGGAAAAGCAGCAAAUGCUGGAGAUGCUGGAAGAAAAUGAGAGCCAGCUCCCACCUCCAACCAGCCCCAGCAAGGAGCAGGGCCCUAUCUGGGGACUGCACUGCAGCCUACAAGAGAUUGAACAGAAGAUGCAGCAACUUCUGGAGGAGAAACUCCUGGCAGAAAAGAGGAUGAAGGAGAAUGAGGAGCGGUCCCGAGCCCUGGAGGAGGAGCGGGCGUUUUACUCUUCCCAGUCCCAAGCUCUGCAGAACUCACUCUCGGAGCUGACUGCAGAGAAGCAGCAGACGGAGAGAGACCUCAAGGCUGAGGUGAAGGUUCGCAUGGAUCUGGAGAAGAGACUGAGAGAAGCUGAGGAAGCAUUGCAGAGCUUGGAGCAGGGCUUAAAUUCUUUGGAUCGCAACAAGGAGAAAGAUGAGAAGAUGAAAGCAGAUGUCAGUAACUUGAGAAAGUUCUUUGAAGAGUGCAUCCGCAAUGCUGAGCUGGAGGCCAAGAUGCCUGUGAUCAUGAAGAACUCUGUGUACAUCCACAAGGCUGCCACUCGUCGCAUAAAGAGCUGCCGCUUCCACCGCCGGAGAACCAGCGCUUCCUGGAAUGACUUGAAGCAGUCCCAGUCCUUCAUCUUCUCGCACACAGAACCUGAAAAUAUUGAGGAGCUGAAAGAAGCAGCCAAAAGACUGAGCCAGGACCAUCAGUUCAGGGAAACUCUCUACCAAAUAAUGAGAUCACAAAAGGAUUCUGCUUUCGGGGAUGAAAAGUGACUCUUGUUGGCAGGAGGCUUCUGAUCUCAACUUGCCUUCAGCUCUUCAGAAGUUAUGCCAUUGGGUACUAGGAUCAGAAGGGAGAUUUGCCCUUUGGUGGGGAAAGUGGGAGAAUAUUGUUUGUAGGCAAUUCCUUCAGUUAGAGGCUUUGCUUUAGCUUGAAUGCUGCCUGUAGCCUUUCAGUACCCUCUCUGCUGAUCACUUCAAAUCUGUUUGCUGCAGCUGCUUACGUUAGGCCAUGUUUUGCCAAGGUACCAUGGUCAGUGUUAAUGUGAACCACAGGCCAUAGCUUAGGAAGUGACUCUCCUUUCCUGUCCAGUCUGUCUGCCAUACACAAGUGCUUCUGCUAAAGCCCUUUGUCAGCUCCCAGACAGUGUAAUCUCCCAAGCUGGACACAGCUUAUCCAAUUCUGCCUGAUUCCCUCUGGGAAACAGCUUGCAGAACACCUCUAGUCAUGAGCACUUUGGUGGGGCAUGUUUCCUAGCACAUUUCCUGAAGACCAUAGCAGUCCCAACCUGCCAAGCACAGGCAAUACAAGAUGAAGACAACCUGAGGAUGCUGUGAACUUGGCUCUGAGGAGGAUCAUGUGCAGAGAAGAGCAUUGUUGCAGGCUGGUGGACAGGUUGUGUUGUGUUGACUGUAGGCAGAACACCCUGGGGCCACCUUUGCAGUUUUUUUAAAUGAGGACAUCUUGGCUGUAUCACUGCCAGAAGGAGAAGCAAAGCUAUGUGCUGCAGGAGGUGGCAUCUCUAGGCAAAUUCAGUGUGGAGGACCCCUUGACUGAGCUCUGAUGGCUUUCUCAUCAGCUCUCCAAAACAAGCUAGAGGACAGGUGGGUGAGAAGUGUCCAGCAGCGCUCUGCCACUCAGAGAAUUCGACAUUGUCAGCAAUAAGCUGUUAGGGCUGUGGAAGUGUGGAAAGUAAUUUCUGUAUGUGCUGCAGUGAAUAGGCUGUGUCCAAGGCUUUGUACUGCUCUCCACCAGUCCUCUUAAUUCCAAUCCAGGUCGAACUGUGUUGGCAGAAUCGCUGUGGUCAGCCUAUUCAGGGCUGGACUUUUGGCUGCCUCGGUCCCCUCUCAAGUGCUCACUAUGUGGUUAUUGAAGGGCAGGAUUUACCCUGCGUGGGGUUAUCUUGUAUGUUAGAGGAGAGAAAUCACUGUUGUGGAAAUUUUGCAACCUCUCCCACCAAUUUUAAGCAAGCAGCUGACUAACAAUUGCCCAUGAUGUAGUAGCAGCACUGCCUGGUUCUUACAGGGAACGUGACAAGCACACUGAGUAAUGCUGUUAUCCCUGCAGUAUAAAUUGAGAAACAAAGGAAUAAAGAAUACAAAGAUGAAUGAAGUUAUCACCAGAGGUACAGCUAGGGCUCAGAAGGUCUUGAGUGCAGAUUUACUGAGGCUUUCAGGGCUGUACUCUCAUCAAUACCCCUGGAUAUUUCAUAUGCCCAAGUGACACUGGGGUAGCUGCUUACCUGUCCCACAUAGAUUGUGACACUGUCCAGUCCCAGGCUCUGUCUUCUGGCAUCAUUCCCUAUCAAUUAAGUGCUGUUUCUAGUCAGAAGAUGGGGAUGAGGCUGGAAAGAGAAUGCUGGCUUGCCAGCUGGAAGAGAGGUGUUGAUGCUAGGUGCAGGAACAUACUGGGAAGGUGUGAUGCUCCUGAAGGGGAUCACUCUGGUGUGAUCCAGAGGAAAAGCACUGAAGGCACACACAGCCUGUACUUUUCAUUUCAGGAAGGUACUGACCAGUAUUCUUCUGCCAGGCAGUCACAGGGUCCAGCACUGAAGGCUGACAUUUUUGUGAUGACAGGUGAUGCAAAGGGAACAUAGAAUUUCCAUCUCUUCUUAGCAUACCUAAUCCUUCUGUGUUUUUUCCACUUGUGCUUGUGUGCUAGGAAGCUACAAAUGAAUUCUUGCUCCUAGAAGGCUGAAGAGCUGUGAGAAAGCAAUACAGAGCUGGUUUCCCCUUUACAGUGUCCUCACAUCAUCUCUGGCUUUUUGCCAGUUACAAGGUCUGUAUUAUGUGAAGGGACAGGGAAAAGGACAGCCUGUAAGGAGCCAGGACAGGGAAAAGGAGACUAUCUGUAAUUCAGGCAGUCAGGAGAACCACCCUGUGGCUUGUGAAUGUAGGACCUUUUGUAUAUUACCAUCAAAAGCCACAAUAUCAGGAUUUACAGAAGUAUUGUACUCAGGAGGCGGUCACAUCGGGUCUUCCUUUACUGUGCAUAUUAACAGCAAUAAAUAAAUAGAAGUUAUGCUGACUCUAAA